AGUUUAACACCCCACUGGCAAACGUUACCCAGGAUGUUGCCGCCGUGGCCUUACAGCUGCUACUAUCUGGACUCGGUCAAGGGUAUGGUGGGGAUCAGUGACCCUCAGGUCAUCUCCGUCACCGAGAGCAAGCUGACCGUGGCCCUGAUCCACACGCUGAUCGAUAGUGGCCCGUACUCGCGCUACUGCUUCAACAAGUACAAGGACCAGGUCACCGAUCUGCUCAACUAUCUGCUGGAGGAGUCCUCGGUAUGCAUCGACCGGGAGAUACCGCGCCUGGGCAACCUCGGCCCAGCCGUGCAGAGCGUCCUCGAUGUCAGUGCGCACGACUUUGAGGACAUUAACGAUUGGCUUACGAUCUGUGACGGGCUGCAGGAACCGGCCAAUCAGAACCUGUGCGUCACGACGAUUACCCAAGCGUACACCACGCUGGGAGAUGACUUUGCCGACAAGUAUGCGCUGCUGUACGACCUGACGACUACCGAGGUGAACGCGAGCAAACAGCGGGUGAAAAUCUGCAUUGACCUGUCGAGACGAUGGCUCGCCGACGGCUACAUUCCGAACCUCCAGACCGGCAUCGAGCAGUGCGCGCUGAACGGCCCAACUGCGGUCUAGAAGUUGACACGUUACGCGUCAAUAAAUCGCAAUCGAAAGCAAAAUUUUGAAUUUACUUGUUAUUUUUGUUUUUGUUUUGUUGCUGAAAUGUAAAAUACAGACUGACAGUUUUUUUGAAGCAAAAGAUAUGCCUUUUUUUAAACAAUAUUAGACAUUCGAGCAUACCCCGGAAUAUUAAUUCGUUUGGAUGUGUGUGUGUGCGCGCACGCAUGCUAUG